UUUGAAGCUGGAAACAGAAACUUAAGUGUUUUUGAGGCGUCUCUGCAUUUGUGUAAUCUAUGAAAUGGCAGAAGCCAGUAUUUCCGUGUUUCCGGAUCAGUUCAGCUGUUCAAUCUGUCUGGAUCUACUGAAGGAUCCAGUGACUAUUAACUGUGGACACAGUUUUUGUAUGAGCUGUAUUACAGCCUGCUGGAAUCAGGAGGAUCAGAAGAGAGUUUAUAGCUGCCCUCAGUGCAGACAGACCUUCACUCCAAGACCUGCUUUAGGAAAGAAUGUGAUUCUUGCUGAGAUGGUGGAGAAACUGAAGAAAACUAAACUUCAGACUGAUCGAGCUGCUCCCAGUUAUGCUGGACCUGAAGAUGUGGAGUGUGACGUCUGUACUGGGAGAAAACGCAAAGCUAGCAAGUCAUGUCUGGUGUGUCUGAACUCUUACUGCCAAACUCACUUUGAGCGACAUGAAGAACUUCAUUCAGGAAAGAGACACAAAGUCACUGAAGCCACUGGAAGACUUCAGGAGAUGAUCUGCUCUCAACAUGACAGACUGCUGGAGGUUUUCUGUCGUACUGAUCAGAAAUGUAUUUGUUUGCUGUGUACGAUGGAUGAACAUAAAAAUCACGACACUGUAUCAGCUGCAGCAGAGAGAACAGAGAAACAGAAACUAGUGGAGGACAACCAGAGAAAACACCAGAAGAGAAUCCAGGAGAAAGAGAAGAAGCUUCAGGAUCUCAGAGAGGCUGUGAAGACACACAAGCGCUCUGCACAGACAGCAGUGGAGGACACUGAGAGGAUCUUUACUGAACUGAUCCGCUCCAUUAAGAGAAGACGCUCUGAGGUGAUACAGCUGACAAGAGAUCAGGAAAAGACUGCAGUGAGUCGAGCUGAAGGACUCUUGAAGGAACUGGAGCAGGAGAUUGAUGAUCUGAGGAGGAGACAUGAUGAGAUGGAGCAGCUCUCACACACAGAACAUCACAUCCGUUUCCUAGAGAGUUUCCAGUCUCUCUCUGCAUCUUCUGGAUCUACAGACAACAUCAUUAUCAGUUCUCUCUCUUUUGAUGACGUGGGAAAAUCUGUCACUAAUUUGAAAGAAAGGGCGAAGAAUGUCUGUAAAGAGGAGAUUGGAAAAAUAUCUGGCAAAGUUUCAUACAUUGAAAUCAUUCCCACCAACGUACCCAAGACCAGGGCAGAGCUCCUACAAUAUUUCAGUCUGUUUUCACUGGAUCUAAACACAGUAAAUGAAAAUGUCUGUCUGUCUGAGGGGAACAGAGCGGCUACAUACACGGACACAAAGCAGCAGUAUCCUGAUCAUCCAGACAGAUUUGAUUUUUGGACCCAGGUGUUGUGUAGAGAGAUUGUGUGUGGACGCUGUUACUGGGAGGUCGAGUGGAGUGGGAAUAAUGGUGUGAGUAUAUCAGGAUCAUAUAAGAGCAUAGAAAGGAAAGGAAACAAAUAUGAUUCUGCAUUUGGAAUCAAUGAUCAGUCCUGGCGUUUGGAGUGCUCUCCCUCCUCUUACUCAUUCUGGCACAACAGUGUAAAGACAGAUGUCACUGUAUCAUUCAGAUCUUCUAGAAUAGGAGUGUAUGUGGAUCACAGUGCAGGAAUUCUUUCCUUCUACAGCGUCUCUGACACAAUGACCCUCAUCCACAGAGUCCACACCACAUUCACUCAACCUCUCUAUCCUGGGUUUUGGUUAAAUCUGGGCUCAACAAUGAAACUAUGUAAACUGUGAUAUAACAGUAUAAAAUAUACACAUUAUAUGCCACACAAAUUGCUAAAUAAAAUUAUAGCGAAUAUCAUCCCUAACAUAAUUAUAUUGGCAGCAGUGUUGGGUGUAACUAGUUACUAAGUAAUUAGUUACUGUAAUUUAAUUACUUUUCCCUUGAAAAAGUAAAGUAAGGGAUUACUCUUAGUUUUUCUGUAAUUUAAUUACAGUUACUUCUGAUGUAAUUAAACUAAAUACUGUGUGUAAUAUACAGUAUGUGUGUGCAAUAGUGGAAUUAACAUCAAAAUUCAAAGUCUAACUUUAAAAUCUGUGCUUUAAUGUAUAAUUCUCACAUUUGUAAUAGUUUGGUGAGUUAAUAAGAGUACUUUAUGUAGUUUAAUAUUAUUUAUUUUAAUGAAUUAAAUAAGCCGUUUCAUUAAAUCACUUAACUAAUCAAGGUUGAUAUAGGAUAUAGAAUGUAAUUAGUAAUAAGUAACUAAAUACUUUUUGGAGAGAGUAAUUUGUACAGUAAUCUAAUUACACUAUUGAAUAUGUAAUUAGUAACUAGUAAUUAAUUACUUUUUCAGAGUAACUUACCCAACACUGAUUGGCAGUAGCAAAAAUCGUAUUAAUAAACAUCAUGUGUUGAUGAGGGUGCAAGUAUACUGUAUAAAUAAAUAUUUUUUGAAGACCUUUCCUAAUUCUACAUUUUAAAAACAGUCACUAGUUUUUACAAGCACAUAUUGACUCUUAGAAUAAUCUUGAUUAUUUGUUUCUAGGCUACUUAGUGUUUAGUCAACUAGCAAAAGUCACAUUUAUUCACACAUUUAAGACUGGACAAAAUGUUAAAAAGGAAAAUAACAACUCUAAAUUUUUACUUAAACUGCUAUAUUGCGUUCAAUGUACAUACAAUAUUAAACAUAUAUUAUUCUUUUUUUAAAUAAAAAUGAUUCCAAAAUAAAAGCCCAGCUUUGUUAUGCUGUUUUUAUAUUUUGGUAAUAAUGCAACACAAGCAUUGCAGGAUUUACGGCUUUAUUUGCAUACUGUGUACGACAACCCAAUUUUCCGAGUCUGAGAGCCUCCAGCCAGGCUCCACAGAACAGAAGUGUGUGCGCGUGCUUUCGUCUGGGAUAAGAUCUGUUUAUAAUGCAAUUGCGUAUAAAGUUCACCCAAAGACGAAAAUUCUGUUAUAAUUUACUCACCAUGUUAUCCAAGAUAAUGCGGCUUCCAUUCUUAAGGCAAACAAAUGUUUUUUAUACCAAAAUGUUUAAAAGCUCCAAAGCGCACUUGCAAUUAAACAAUCCAAAUGACUCAAGUGUCUUCAAGUGUUCUCACUCCUUCCAUCAGGAAAGAGAUACCCGCAC